GGCAGGAAGGCGCCAGGCGCAGUGUGUGCUUGUCGCUGGUCGUGAAGAGGACACGCUCGUUUUCCCAGGAGGAUUCUUGCUCAACCUGAGCUUCAGGUGGCAUUGACAGGGUGGUACUGGUACUGACAACGAUGUAGUAGUGGGGAACAAGAUAUUGCCUGGUGAAAAAGAGUGCCUGGACUACUACCAGGCCACCACCGUCAAGUCAUGCCUACUGCAUGACCCCGAGUAGUACAGAGACUAUAGAAACUGAAAAAGUGAUAAACAUACCAGGAUGGGACCUGAAGGUUCUGCUUCCUUCCUGCACAUGGGGGACCAUGUCUCCCUGUAUGCUGAGGGCAGCGUAUCUGGAUUCAUCAGUACUCUGGGACUGGUAGAUGAUCGCUGUGUGGUGAACCCUGAGGCUGGGGACCUAACUAAUCCUCCAAAGAAGUUCAGGGAUUGUCUGUUCUGCAUCUGUCCCAGUAAUCGCUACUCAGCCCAAAAGCAGUUCUGGAAUGCAGCAAAGCAGAGUGGCAACUCAGCCACUGAUUCAAGCCUCCUGGAGCGCCUCCAUCAUGCGGCGGAGACAGAAAAGAAGCAGAAUGAGGCUGAAAGUAAGAAGCUUAUGGGUACCAUCAUUAACUACGGAAACACCAUCCAGCUGCUCCACCUUAAGUCCAACAAGUACCUGACAGUGAACAAAAGGUUACCAGCCCUACUGGAGAAGAAUGCUAUGAGAGUGACCUUGGACGCUAAUGGGAAUGAAGGUUCUUGGUUUUACAUCAAUCCAUAUUACAAACUGCGAAAUCCUGGAGAUCGUGUGGUGGUUGGUGACAAGGUGAUCCUGAGUCCGGUGAAUGCUGGCCAGCAACUUCAUGUUUCUAGUACCCAUGAUCUUCGUGACCAUCCAGGGUGUAAGGAGGUCAAUGUUCUCAAUUCCAACACCUGCUGGAAGAUUUCACUAUUCUUGGAGCACCGGGAAAACAUUGAAGGUAUCCUCAAAGGUGGAAAUGUGAUCCGCCUGUUUCAUGCAGAGCAAGAAAAGUUCCUGACAAUGGAUGAGUACAAAAAGAAACAGAAUGUUUUUCUGCGGACUACUGGGCGAACCACUGCCACUGCUGCCACCUCCAGCAAAGCGCUCUGGGAAGUUGAGGUGGUGCAGCAUGAUCCAACAAGGGGAGGUGCUGGGCACUGGAAUUCCCUUUUCCGCUUUAAACACUUAGCCACAGGUCACUACCUGGCAGCUGAGGUGGAUGAGGACCCAACUCCUGAUCCUACCCGAGAGAAGCUUAGAGAGCAAAUUUUGAGGCAUCAGUCCCUUGAAUCUGGAAGCAUCGACGGGCGCAAGAGAAAGACUGGGUUGUGGAAGGGCUCCACAGACCCUAGUGGAGGCCAUGUGUACCAGCUUGUCUCAGUACCACUCAGCAAUGACAUUGCAUCCAUAUUUGAACUGGAGCCAACUACACAGAUACGGUUUGACUCCAUGGUGCCACAGUCUUCUUAUGUCCGCCUUCGCCACCUGUGCACCUACACGUGGGUUCACUCCACCUCCAUCCCUAUUGACAAAGAGGAGGACAAACCUGUUAUGUCAAAGGUUGGCUGUGCUGCCAUCAAAGAGGACAAGGAAGCAUUUUCUCUUGUUCCUGUCCAUGCUAAGGAGGUUAGGGAUCUCGACUUUGCCAAUGAUGCCAGUGAGGUGUUAGCAAAGCAUGCCAAGAAGCUGGAGAAAGGCACCAUCACCCAAACUGAGAGAAAGUCCCUGAUGCAGUUGCUGAUAGAACUGGUAUACUUUACAGCUGAAAAAGAGCAUGAACAAACUAAGAAUGAAAAUCUAGCUCUUGCUUUGGAGGUAACAAAUCCCAAUAGAGAUAGACAGAAACUCCUUCGAGAACAGAGCAUCCUGAAGCAAAUUUUCAAGAUCCUUCAAGCACCCUUCACAGAGUAUCAAGGGGGAGAUGGACCACUGCUGCGCAUUGAUGAGCUGAAUGAUCCACGGCAUUCAGCUUACAAGACAAUCUUCCGUCUCUGUUACCGUUUGUUACGACUAGCUCAGCAAAACUACCGCAAAAAUCAGGAACACAUUGCACAACACUUUGGCUUUAUGCAGAAACAGAUUGGCAUUGACAUUUUGGCUGAGGAGACCAUCACUGCGCUUCUUCACAAUAAUCGAAAGUUGCUGGAGAUCCAUAUUACUGCCACAGAAAUUGAAACCUUUGUGGGAUUGGUGAGAAAGAAUAUGCAUAAGUGGGACUGGAGAUUCCUAGACUACUUGAAGGUGUUGUGCAUCUCCAACAACCAAGCUAUCCCUCGCACCCAGGAGCUGAUAUGCAAGAGUGUUUUUAGUGAAAAGAACAAGGACAUCCUCAUAGAGACCAGGGUGAUUGAAGAAAUGGAGAUGCAGAAUGAACUUGAUGCUUCUAGUACCUUGUUACCUAUUGAAGAUGGAGAAGACGAGGUGAUUCUUUUGUGGAACAAUGGAGAGCGUUCCAAGUCAAUUGUUGAGCUUGCAGCACGCGCUCAAAACCAGAAUGAGUCUGAAGGAGGUGAAGAUCGGCUCAUCUUGGAGUAUUACCGUCACAUGCUCGACCUGUUUUCCAAUAUGUGUCUUGAUCGUCAGUACCUUGCCAUCAAGCCCCUCUCACCACUCCUCAAGAUCAACCUCAUGCUAAAGUGCAUGGAAGAAGACACGCUGACCUAUGACCUGCGUGCUGCUUUUUGUCGCCUGAUGCUGCAUAUGCAUGUAGACUGUGAGCCUCAGGAAAUGGUUACUCCAGUCAAAUAUGCACGUCUGUGGUCAGAGAUACAGUCUCACAUGUCCAUCUCAGACUAUGACAAACAUGCAGCAGUGCACAGUGCAGAGGCAGCAGAGACAACCUUUAAGGAUGUGAUAAGUUUUGUAGAGGAAUACUUAUGCAAUGUUGUGGACAAGAUGUGGAGCUUCUCAGACUGUGAGCAGAACAAACUUACAUUUGAGGUUGUGAAGCUGGCUCGGUACCUCAUAUAUUUUGGCUUCUACAGUUUUAGCGAUUUACUACGUCUCACCAAGACACUCCUUUCAAUAUUGGACUACUCCUUUGACACCGAGUCCAAGUACUUUCCAGGUAGCCUUUCUCAGGCUGUCAUGAGAAAAGAUACUAGUAAGGAGGAAGAACUUAAGCCUGAUCAGAUAAGUAUGUCCUCAGCCACUGAUAAUUCUGUAGCUCAAAGUGCUCCAACCAGUGAAUCUGAAUCCCCAUUGACUCCAAAUAUUGAAGUAACAAUUCCUUGCAAUAGUAUCAGCGGAACACCCAUAAGCACAGGCAGUAGUGAAACAGUGGCCAGUGUUGGCAGGGCAUCAGAAAUAAAAGGUGGUAAGAAAGUCAUUGAUCAAGGAAUGGAAGCCCCUGUUGUGCGAUCAAGGUCCCCUAGUCCCAAGCCCUCCCCCAAGAAAUCUGCAGAAGGAGGGACAACACGAUGCAUGGGGCCACACCGUGCCAGCCCUAAGAAGAAAUCCAGCACAACUGAGAAGGAGGACACUCUAGUCAUGGACACAAAGCUCAAAAUCAUAGAGAUAUUAGAGUUCAUCCUUGACGUGCGUCUAGAUUACCGCAUCAGCUGCCUCCUCUCUAUCUUCAAAAAAGAAUCUGAUGAAAAUCCAAGUUGUCUCACAGGAGACGGGAUCACUCAGGGACUGAAAAACAAAAACCUGGAAAACAUAUGGUCCCAGGCACAAAGCAUCUUUGAUGAAACGGAGGAGAAUUGCAAUUUGGACCUGGAUGGAGAGGGUGGCAAGAAGUUUCUGCGAGUGCUGCUUCACCUCACCAUGCAUGAAUAUCCUCCCCUUGUGUCCCGCUCCCUCCAGCUCCUUUUCCGCCACUUCUCACAGCGGCAGGAAGUGCUGCAGAAUUUUAAGCAGGUUCAACUUCUGGUUCAGGAUGGUGAUGUUGAGUCCUACAAACAGAUCAAGGGUGACCUGGAUGAUCUUAGAAACCUUGUUGAAAAAUCUGAGUUGUGGGUGUACAAAUCUCGUAGUACAGAUGAGGACUCUACUGGUGGGGCAACAAAAAAGAAAAAGAAGAAAAACAAGGAUGAUGAUGAUGAUGAUGAUGGAGACAGCAAGCCCAAAAAACAUGCCCCAAAAUUGUCAGCACAAGACAAGCAAGAGUCUGCCAUUGACCUUGGUCUUGGGCCUCCAUUGGAACCUGAGCAAGCAGACAACUACAAGCGAAUCCAGCAGAUAUUGGUACGAAUGAACAAGCUAUGUGUGACCCAAUCCAGUCAUGGCAAUCUUACGCCUCGGAGAAAUGAGCAGCGCCUCCUCCGCAACAUGGGUAUACACUCUGUGGUGCUUGAACUCCUUCAGAUUCCUUAUGAUCACAAAGAAGACAAACGCAUGAAUGAGCUGAUUGAGUUAGCACACCAGUUUCUCCAGAAUUUUUGUCUGGGUGACCGUCCCAAUCAAGCUCUUCUCUACAAAAGCAUUGAGCUUUUCCUCACUCCAGGGCUCUUGGAAGCAAAGACUAUUUGUGCAGUGUUCAAAGACAACUCACAUCUAUGUGGAGAGGUGUCAGAACUAGUGAUUCAACACUUCAUACACUGUAUUGAAACUCAUGGUCGCCAUGUGCAGUAUCUCAAGUUUCUUCAAACCAUUGUUAAAGCAGAAGGACAAUUUCUCCGUCGCAGUCAGGACAUGGUGAUGCAAGAGUUAGUCAGUGCUGGGGAAGAUGUGCUAGUGUUCUACAAUGAACGUGUGUCCUUCAACACCUUUGUAGAAAUGAUGAAAGCUGACCGUAACAGGAUGGACUUUGACGAGAGUAGUCCUCUCAGGUACCACAUAGAAUUGGUGAAGCUACUAGCCUGCUGCACUGAGGGCAAGAAUGCCUCCACUGAGAUCAAAUGUCACAGUCUCUUACCACUGGACGACAUAGUGGCGAUGGUAGAGCACAAGGACUGUAUCCCUGAGGUCAAGGAGGCUUACAUCAAUUUCCUCAACCACUGCUACAUUGACACUGAAGUAGAAAUGAAGGAAAUCUACAACUCCCACCACAUCUGGAGCCUGUUUGAGAAGUCUUUCCUUGUGGACAUGGCUCGUGUUGCCAAUGCUCCACCAGACCGACGGCAUUCUGACAAAGCUCUGGAGAGUUACGUGAUCAACUCCCUCAUGACCAUCAUCACCACCUUCUUCAACAGUCCUUUCUCAGAUCAGAGUCAGACCAUCCAGAAAUACCUGGAUGAGGCCCGCGACUUCUGGGGACAACCUUAUGUUCAGCAGUACAGUACAGAAACCAGGCAACCAGUCUUUGUCCAGCUGCUGCAUGCUGUGUACAGAGUGAGUCAAGCAGUCAUGGGGCAUCAGAGAGUCAAUGUUGAGAACUGCAUCAAGACCCUAACAGAAGUAGCUCGGAAACACAACAUCUCCAUCCCAGUGGACUUGGAAGCACAAGUGGCGAGCAUGUCCCAGCGUACUACAAGCAUCAUAACACGCACUGCCAGCAAGUGGAGCACCCGCACUACCCGCCGGGAUGCUUCCUCUACAUCGCCGGACAGUGACUAUAUGUAUGAGGACGAGUUUGACCAGCUCUCAGGAAGAAUGGACCACCUUGUGAUUGAGCAAGACUUCAAUUCUGUGGUGUCUGUGCUGGAGUCAGAGCUGCAACCUCUGGUGGCUGCAGAGCUCUCAGUGUUGGUGGAUAUCCUUUAUCAGCCUCACCGACUUUUCCGGCCAGACAGCGAGGCCAGCAUUAAGUGCAAGAAUGGUGGCUUCAUAUCCAGGCUCAUACGACACUGUGAAAAGCUUCUGGAGGAAAAAGAUGAAAAACUGUGCAUUCAAGUGCUUAAGACCCUCAAGGACAUGAUUACUGACUCAGAGUAUGGAGAAAAGGGGGACUCCAGUUUUGAGAAGGAGGAGCUGGAAAGGGGAGAUGCUCUAAGAAACUUGCUACUGGCGAGGUACUUUGAUCAGUAUCCUUGGUCCAAGAAGGAGGCAACAGAACUCCGAGCCAAGCAGCCUUCCAAUGCUGGUCCAGGAGAUGUGGUACAACGAAGGUCAGGCAAAUCCUUAUCAGCGAUGCAAAGUGAUUUAGCCAAGAAAGGAGCAGCUGUGUUGGUGGUUGACCUGGUAAUGAAAAGCCAGAACCAUCAUCGAAUCUUUGUAGAGGCUGUGGAGCUGGGCAUUGCACUACUUGAAGGUGGCAACAGAGAUAUCCAAGACAUGCUGUAUGAUAAACUCAGAGGCAAUGAAAAGUGCCAGAACUUUUUUAAGGUUUUUGACACCAAGAUGGAGGAGGCACAGCAGGAGAUACGAAAUACUGUCACUGUCAACACCUCAGACCUGAGUGCUAAGAACAAUGAUGAGAAGGAUGGAUUCAGGGAAGGAGAAAAGUUCAACAGGAAGCGAGGCCACAAACCCAACGGCCUGGUGAUGAAUGACCAAAUCCGUGAAGAAUUGUCAGAAGCAGCAAAUAUGACUUCUCAAGCCUAUUCCAACAUUCGAGCAGGCAAUACAGGUGAUGAGAGUAAUUCUUGUCUUGGCAUCACUACUAUGGAAGAAGGAGGAGAUAGCUCGUGGGGCAAAGGAAGCAAAGAGUCUUCUGCUGACAACUCAAAGCUCUCCCCAAAGAUUGCUGUGAUGGAGCCUGUUUUACGUUUCCUUCAGUUACUAUGUGAGAACCAUAACCUCUUCCUUCAGAACUUCCUAAGAAACCAGAAGACCAAAACUAACUACAACCUAGUUAGCAAGACCCUCUUGUUCCUGGACUGCAUUUGUGGCUCUACCACAGGAGGUCUGGGCCUGUUGGGGCUCUACAUUAAUGAGCACAAUGUGUCUCUCAUCAACCAAACUCUUGAGACUCUAACAGAGUACUGCCAAGGGCCUUGUCAUGAGAACCAGAACUGUAUUGCCACUCAUGAGAGCAAUGGUCUGCACAUCAUCAUUGCCCUCAUACUGAGUGACAUCAACCCCCUAGCUAAAACCCGUAUGGACCUCGUUCUUGAGCUAAAAAACAAUGCCUCCAAGCUGUUGCUGGCCAUCAUGGAAUCCAGAGCAGACUCAGAGAAUGCAGAGAGAAUCCUACAAAACAUGCCUAAAGAUCAGCUGCUAGAUGUGGUGAGCUCCCUUUACCAUCAGGAGAGUGUGGAUGAUGACGAAUUUUUUGAAGAAGGAGCAUCAGACAGUGAUGAUGGUGUCUCUCCAAGAGAGGUGGGCCACAACAUAUACAUCUUGUGUCAUCAGUUGGCCAAACAUCAUAAGGAAUUGGAGGAACAACUUACUAAGAGCAGCAAUGAAAAACUGAGCAAAGCACUCAGCCACUAUCGGGAUAACACAGCACAAAUUGAGAUUGUACGCCAUGAUCGCAAUAUGGAGCAAAUUGUUUUCCCCAUCCCUGAAAUCUGUAAUUACCUAACACCAGAAACCAAGCAACGAGUCUACAACACUGCUGAGAGGGAUGAACAGGGAACAAAGGUCACUGAUUUCUUUGAGAAGUGCCAUGAUAUGUUCACAGAAAUGCAGUGGCAAAAGAAACUCAAAAGCCAAGCAGUACUUUCUACCAUUAGUAAUUACAUGUCCCUUUGGAGCCGCCUCCUAUUCUUACUUGCCCUUAUGAACAACCUCAUCGUGGCCUUCUUCUACCCUUAUCCCAGCCAGGUGCCAAGUCUAAACAGUCACCUUAAUGGCCUACUUUGGGUGGGGCUCCUCAUCAUGCUGGCAAUAGUUGUCAGUUUCCAACAGAAGAUAAUUAUGUACCUAUUGGGGUUGGUUUCUAUUACACGGCUCAUCUUCUCAGUGGGACCAGAGCCAACCCUCUGGCUCCUUGGUAGUGCAAAUGUAUUAUUAAAGGGGAUCCAUCUUGUGAGUCUUAUGGGCAACAAAGGCACUUUUGCCAAGCGGCUGGAGCAACAGGUGACUGAUGGAGAGUUGCUGUACCAUGUGCUGUACCUGGUGUUCUGCGUUCUGGGACUGUCAGUGCACCCAUUCUGCUAUUCAAUUCUGCUUUUUGAUGUGGUGUAUCGUGAGGAGACACUGCUGAAUGUGAUACGCUCAGUGACGCGGAAUGGUUGGUCCAUUGUACUGACAGCAGCCCUUGCCCUCAUCCUGGUGUAUCUCUUCUCCAUUAUUGGCUACAUGUUCUUCAAAAAUGAUUUUGUUGUUGAUGUGUCAGACAAUGACAUUGACUGGGACACAAUACAACGUCAUAUAAAUGAACGUGUGGAACACUAUGUACACCUGAGAGUGUCUGAUGGAGAGUCUGAGGGUAUACGGCCACCAGAGGUAGAGGUCUGUGAGGUGGGAGCAGAUUGUUCCCAGGAGGAUGAGCCUGCUGCCCUUAGCAAUGUGGUGGAAAGCAUCACAAAAGAAGUCAUGGCAGAAGUGGAAGAUGCAAAAGAGGAGGCCUGUUCCACACUCAUCAUGUGCAUUGUCACUACACUAAACCAUGGUUUGCGUAGUGGGGGAGGCAUCGGAGAUAUCCUGCGACCUCCAUCUAAUAAGGAAAACCUUUUUGCUGCUCGUGUUAUCUACGACUUGUUGUUCUUCUUCGUGGUCAUCAUUAUUGUACUGAACCUCAUCUUUGGUGUCAUCAUUGACACCUUUGCUGACCUCAGAAGUGAGAAGCAAAACUCAGAGGAAAUUCUCAAGAACUCGUGCUUCAUUUGUGGACUAACAAGAGCCAGCUUUGAUAACAAGGCUGUCAACUUUGAGGAGCACAUCAAGCAGGAGCACAAUAUGUGGCACUACCUGUAUUUCUAUGUGCAGGUCAACGUCAAGGAUCCCACUGAAUUCACUGGCCCAGAGAGCUAUGUGUACAUGCUAGUCAAGGAAAAAGAUUUAAACUGGUUCCCAAGGAUGCGAGCCAUGUCACUAAGCAUUGGGGAAACAGAAGGAGAGAUGAAUGAGGUGAGGCUGCUAAAUACAAAACUAGACCGAACCCAGAAGUUGGUGGAUGGUCUUGUGGAACAGCUGACAGAGCUCAAAGAAGAGAUGACAAAGCAACAAAAAUACCGCAACCGCCGUGGUAUCCUGGGUCCUGCCAGCACAUACAAUCCCCACCAGUAUCCUCAGGGGGGGCCCAUGGAUAUGAUCUCCCAGUACCAGUGAUCCUCAUGCUCAGUUGCUUCAUUGCCAUCAUAUAGCUUAACUCAAAUCUUAUAUUCUAUAAAUAGGUAAAUACACCUUUAAUAUCACCAUCACAUUCUCUCUCUCUCUCUCUCUCUCUCUCUCUCUCUCUCUCUCUCUCUCUCUCUCUCUCUCUCUCUCUCUCUCUCUCUCUCUCUCUCUCUCAGCAGUGAAUUCACACCAUCAUCAUCAUUACACUUUAUUGUAUCAACUAAUCAGUAUGAAGAACUUUGAAUUUUUACUUGACUUAUAUACACAUGUACUUGAUAUGUGGUCUUCCAGCAUCAACACAUCAUUAACUUAAAAUUAAUUCCAUCAUCAAAAUCUGUAACAUUUACCCUAAUGCUCAAGCUGUUGAAAUAGAUUUUCAAGCAAUUAAAUGUUUUGUCAGCUUGGAAAUUAAUGUUGGCACAUGAAAUGGUAUAUAUUUAUACUUAGCAAAACACUCUACCAGAUGGUAACGCAUACUUAAAGGACCACGUAAUUUUAACCAAACUGCAAUAUACAAUAUAUCUACAUUUUCAUUAUAGAUAUAAAUAUAUGUAUACUUUUUACAUCCCAGCUUCAAUUACAUGCAUUUCUUUUAAUGUAUGUAUAUUGCCAGUAUAUUUUCUGAUCUGUUCCUUAAAAUAGACAUAGCUAAACUUAAGUUUCUUCAUAUUUGUUCACAUUUUUCACAAUUUGCAAAUUCCACAGAUACAGUGAAGCAUCUUAGCAUACUCUGGGGACCUAACCCACAUUGCUUUGAUAGAACUUCCUGCAGAAGUGAUAAUGUUUUUACUCUUACUUAAACAUGUUCAACAUUUCACAAAUCAGAAUGUGGUUGCAAUGCCUAUGUGUAGAGCACAAAAAUACUUUGAGGAACUUCUCCCUCCCUUUAUAAUAAGUAAAUCUUUACCAGUCUUGAGCUGUUCAUAUUUAUUUCAUUAUGAAAAUAUUAAAAGCAAACACAGUAAUGUAAGCCACUUAAAUCUUCAAACUAUGUUUUUUUUUUUUUCUUAGUCUACGUGCCAUUCAUUCUUCAGUUCUAGAAUGCCUAUUACUACAAAAGAUGUGAAAAAUUUGAUGUUGAUGGGUAUUGAUAUUGAACAGUGACUGAAAACUUGGGUAAUGAAAAGUUUGUCACAUCACCACAAAGUGUGUGUGUAUGUGUAAAUGUUGUAAGUGUGUGUGUGUGUGUGUGUGUGUGUGUGUAUGUGUGUGUGUGUGUGUGUGUGUGUGUGUGUGUGUGUGUGUGUGUGUGUGUGUGUGUGUGUGUGU